CCAUAAAGCUUUAUCCGGAGUGCGUUGUGAGAAGGAAAGCAGAGGAGAUAAGGAAGAGAGAGAGGGAGAGAGCGAGAGAGAGAGAGAGAGGUCAUGGCGGUGAAGGUAUACGGAGCAGCGAUGUCGACGGCCACGGUGCGCGUGCUUCUGUGCUUGGAGGAGAUGGGGGCCGAGUACGAGUUGGUGCCCAUCGACUUCUCGACCGGCGAGCACAAGUCCCCUCCCCACGUCGCCAGAAACCCCUUCGGCCAGGUGCCGGCCUUCGAGGACGGAGAUCUCAUGCUUUUUGAGUCAAGAGCGAUCUCAAGAUACGUGCUGCGCAAGUACAAGUCAUCGGGCCCUGACCUGCUGAGGGAGGGCAGCCUGGAGGAGUCGGCUAUGGUGGACGUGUGGCUGGAGGUGGAGGCUCAGCAGUACGACAAGGCGAUUUCCGCCAUCUACAUAGAGACCGUGAUCAAACCUGUCUUCUUCGGCGGCGUCCCGGACGAGAAGGUGGUGGCGGAGAGCGCGGCGAAGCUGGGCAAGGUGCUCGACGUGUACGAGGCCCGGCUGUCCAAGUCCAAGUACUUGGCCGGCGACUUCCUCAGCUUCGCCGACCUCAGCCACAUUCCUUACACCCACCACAUCGUAGCCGGUCCCCAGGCUUCCCUGUUCGAGUCUCGCCCCCAUGUGAAGGCCUGGUGGGAGAGCUUGGCGUCGCGGCCCGCGUACAAGAAGGUGACGACCGGCACGCCCACCUCGUAGUGAACUCCUGUUCCCAAAGCUCUUCUGAGGGUUGUUGUCUGAGUGCUGCUGUCAGUUUGAGGCUCUGAAACGCUUUGGUGUGUGUGUUCCGCUUUGGAGCGUUGCUCAUGGAAUAAGACCCUUUGCUUUCUUUCCCUUCAA